GAUUAACCCGAGGACUGCCCCAACUUUCGGUUUCGAUCGAUUACAAACAACAAUUAAGAGGUGUCCUGGGCUGUAAGGAAGUGGUUCGCUGCAUCAGCGUAUUUCUCUGCAUUCUAUUAACAAAGGACAGAAGACUGAAUGUGAUAUGUGAAGAGGACGUUAGAUUGCAGGUUUACUCGAAGAAAGGCUUCCCUGGCAUGGCCGGACCUUUGUUUAUCGAGUGUGAAACCCCUCGUUUGAAAUGUCCAUGCGAUGGGAAACUUUAUGUAAGACGUGUGAACCUGAAGAAAGGUUCUCAAACUCUCGAAAUCCAAGAAGUAAAGAACUCUCUCAUGAUUAACCAGCUGGAAUCGGAAGGAAAUGAACAUGGUAGACAGAAUGUGUGGGAAAAACUCUUAAUGGUCAAGUUUUCGUCUUAUACUGCAUGUGAAAUAAUUGAAACAUUAACCAAAACUAUCCAAUACGACGACUCGAGGUAUUGCUUUCUAGGAUUUUCUGACGUGCAAUUGAAGGAUAAAACAUGCUUUUUGAUCGCUGAAACGGACAAGCAAAUCAGUGAGAGGCGAAAAAAGUUUGGCAACUUUGGCCUCCCGUGCCCCGAUCAGAUAACUUCCAUCAAAGACUUGUUUGAGCCAUUGAAAAGAAGCUUGCAGCUAAAGAAGGAGAAGACUGAAUUUAAAAACAACGCUGAAAACACCGAGAUGAGUGGGUUUAUUUCCCCUGAACUUGCGAAACAAAUUAGUUCCAAGAGCCCUAGUGUUGUACAAGUCAUUUGUCCAGGAUUUUCUGGUAAACUCGUUCUGGACCAUGAAAUACGUUCCAAAGUACUGCUUACGGAGGAAAUGAAGGAAGAAAUAGAAGUCCUGUUCAAUACUUCAGAGUCAAUGAAUAACUAUGGUGACCCAGUGACAAUAGGUAUCAUUGACUACUCCAAACCGUAUGAGAUGGGUUAUCUAAAUCUUUACACUGUGAUGUUUCUGAGAGAACGAGGUGUGGCAAGUGAUUAUUUAAAGGAACUUCAAAGAUUUUACUACGAAAUGUUGGAAAAACUCGGAACAGGAUCAGAGACGCAUGCGAAGUACUUCCUUCGGCUGAUUGGACGAAAAGACAUCUUUGAGAUGACAGAGGAUGGACUGACACCUGUUGUAAAGGAAACCAUCGGCCAGAUGAAGAGCAACGAAAUCAAUAAAAUGAAAGAAGUAGACGAUUCCCUUAAAAUCCUUGUCAGCCAAUCGCGAGAAGUCUUCGGUAUCGUUGAUCCUUAUAAGAAUCAAAAGAAUAAGCUCAAGUCUAACCAAUGUGUCUUUGCACCUGACUUGGAUAGUCUGAACCUUCAAGAUAAAGAAUUGUUUGAGUUUGUAGAAAAAGUCCUCGUUAUUCCUGAGCCAUGCUAUUCGGCAUCAGAUAUUCAAGAGCUUGAAGUUGUACGCGAUAGUCAUGGACAAUACACCCACCUUAAAGACUGCAUUGUUUUGCCAUCCCAAACCAAAGCGCAAGCAGUUCCCGGCAAAUAUUUCGUUACCUGGGAUAGCAAUCUCUUGAAGCAAUCCACUCCAAGUUCUUCGAGAAACUUUUCCAUUCCGAACCUCUUGUCAUUACUUGGUUGUGGUAGACCUUCUGAAGAAUUAACAGAUACAGGAACUGUAACUGAGAUAGACAAAGCAGAUACACUAGAAGCAAGCACAGAUGGAGCUAGCGUAACUGAGACAGACAAAGCAGAUACACCAGAAGCAAGCACAGAUACAGCUAGUGUAAUUGAGACAGACAAAGCAGAGACACCAGAAGCAAGAACAGCUAUAACAACUGAUACAAGUGUACCUUCAACCACACGGGAUCGUCACAAGGAAGAUAUCUCAUUUCAGAAAGAGCUGAUAAGGUAUUUUGCCGAGUUUAAAAGCAGCGAUGACUUAAUUUUAAGUGUAAAGGAGCAUUUCAAAAACUUUUCGUUUCUUAAAGAAUCGCCGUCGUGUCCAGAAUGUGAGACACUCGGAAAGUACUUGUCUCAGAGCACUGACUGGAAUGCUCAGAGGGAUGACAUCGAAAAGUAUCUUAGAAAGCUUGAUAGAGAAUACAAGAAGAAGAAGCAGAGCUCUAAGGCGCAAGAAAGCGAAGGAUCUGCUGAUAGAUUUUGUACUUCAGAUCUACAAGCACUUUGUGAUGAAAUGACUAAUCAUUUGAAUGAGUUUUUAGCUCCAUGAAUUACAAACCAGAAGAGCAGCGUCAAAACUAUAAUCAAUUGUGAAAGCGCGCUGAGAAGUAAGACCCUGUUUGAUAUCGCGAAAACGUCGUGUUUCAUGUCCGCCACAUUUGUUAUAGAGCUCUUCAGAAUGGAACAAUAACUUCUUAGGGCGCUGUUGGAGGCAGCUUUUUAAUGGAGGUCUAAAAUUUACCGUAGAAACUUAAAAUACCGGUGAUAUAACUGGUUUAUUACUUCUACUCAGCACAUAGUUAACUCGUAACUCAAUACACUGCAGGUCGUCAAAGAAUAUUCGUAACAGAGAAGAAGUUACCAAUGAAGAUUAAUAGAUAACCUGAGUAGUGGUCUCCGAGAAGAUACAGACCAAACGUCCACUCAAAAAAUAUGAUGGUAGACAUUUUUAAUUUGACACUGAGUACGUUGGUGGUUUUUAUAUUGUGCAGUUGUAUUACUAGAAGUCGAAACUGAUAGAGGCUUUCAAAGUAUCUCUUCUGAUACUAGCUUUAAAUUGCUUCCCAGCCAUCAUUUUCAAUAACAUAUUUCCUGUCUUAAUCAUUUCUCGGCUAGCUCUUUUACAAACAGUUUACUUCGAUGAAAAUCAAAUUGCCACGUCGAAAAAUUUGUUAGAAUGUUUGGAUCUAGGAUUCAGGUUUUUCCGUACUUAUAUUUUUAGACUUCUCCAAUAUAGGGUCAUAACGAAGGCCUGAAUGAGGUCAUGAGUACCACAUGUAAUUGAAGUUUGUAAAAUUUAGCGAGAUUUUGUAUAAUGUGUAAAUUGGUCUUUGUGUGAGUGUUUUGCGCAAAGGUACCGUGACUUUUUUUAUUUUUUUUUUUAGCGAAUCUCUGUUAGAGCAGCAAAAUAUUGGGAAUUAAAAAAAAAAGGUGAUUUUAACCUUUACAACGUGAUAUUCCACUUUUAUCACCUGAGAAGUCAACACUCUGCGCGUUUGGGACCAUUCAGUGAAUUCUAUAAAACAAUAUAGGAAGCAAUUGCUCCAAAAGACCAAGCAACAACUAAGAAAUGAAAUAUCAAAAACGAACAAAUAAACCCUACGCCUUCUCUAUCCUGCCGAGUUUAUUAAUGAACUUAAAAGGUAUAUUUUGGCUGAUGUAAUUUUUGACAUAAAUCUAUUUCAGUUUCUAUCACUGCAACUACUGCACUUUGGUACACUUAUGCACCCAUUGAUAUCUAUUCAGCACAUCUUCCAAAUUGACUGAAAGUGCAGUACAGCUGCAAGAAUGUAAUUAUCUAAUGAUAUGAAUUUAUUUCAAUUCGUACUAGACAUACUCGAAUCUUGUUAGUCAAUCAAAUUGUAGGU